AUGGCAACAGACAAGCCUUCUGAUGAUAAUAAGAAAGAACCUAUCAAACAGGAUAGUGAAGAGUCCCCAUUGGGUUCGAGCCCUGAUGGAGACGGCGACGGAGAGCCGGCAGAUUCGGGCGAGCAGGGCCAGGCCCUCCCCACCCCGGAGGGCCAGGCGCCCAAGCGGAAGGGAGGUCGAAAGCCGAUUUACGCGACCACAGAGGAGAGGAAGCAACGAAACCGCCAGGCUCAGGCAGCUUUCCGGGAGCGGCGGACCGAGUACAUCAAGCAGCUUGAGCAGACCAUCAGUGUCCAGGAGCAGACACUGGCGAAUCUGAAUGCAGCCCACCGUACCGCCGCGGACGAAUGUCUCAUGCUGAGAUAUAAGAACUCCCUGCUUGAGCGCAUACUCCUCGAAAAAGGCAUUGAUGUGCAAGCUGAGCUUCAGGCCAAGCAUGGCAGCCCCAAUUUUGGCCCAACUCACAUGCCUCAGAACAUAAUUCAGCCGCCGCCAAUAUCGAGAACGUUACUGAAUAGACACCACUCUCGGAGGUCUACCUCCAGCAUCGCACCGAAGCUUGAGCCUGGUUACAGCACACUACCUCCGAUACAUGGGGGCAAUCCCCCAGCGGGAUCUCCUAAAUCUCGGCCGACGCCUUCGUCGCAUGCGGCAUCUCCUACGACGACCGAGGGUUUUGGAAAUUCACCGGCGUCAUCUGAGAACGUCGGCCCUGGAGGCAUGCGGCCUGGGAUGCCGUCCGCCGGAAUGAAGCAGCCAAUGGGCCAAAUGCCAGGCCCAUCACGAAUGAUGCCGCCCAUGCAAGGAGGCCUUGGUCAACACUCCGGACAAGGGUCACAUGCAGGCAGGAUGGCGGCGCCGAAUGUUAGCAAUGCGCCGUUCUACCAGACACCCGCGUACCAAAAUCAUAUUGAGCAACUCGAGCAAGAAUACGAUGCCGCAGCUGAUAUGAUGGACGAGGGUGGCGAGGCACCAGAAACGCCCUCCGGACCGGGUCCCUAUCCCGGUGCUGGCUAUGCCGCCGCCGCCGCUGCUGCUGCUGCUCAACAGCACCAAGCUAUGAGCCCAACGACGACAGGGCCAAUGGAGCCGAAUGCCGCAACAGGGCAUCCACAGGGGCAUCAGCAUGGACUUUCAAUGACGCAACUGCUAGACCCUUCGAUGGAUUGGGACCCCUUCGGCUUGAGUGCCAGCAUGGCUUUCCCGUCAUCAUUCUCCUUCGACACGAGCAACAUGAGAUGA